AUUAAACAAUUGUGUGUGUGUGUGUGUCAGCAUUUCUGAGUGAGCAGGAAAAUUCUUAAAAAGAGAGAGAGAAGAAAUGUGGGAGGGAAUGAGGGAGGCAGGAGAAGAAAGAGAAAGAUUGACCAGAGACCUCAUCUAGCAGGCACACUUCCUUACUCAGUCACUCUCUCCUCUCCCGGUCUGGGACGUGUAGGACAGCUGUGUCUGUAGCUUUCUAUCAGGUGAGUCCAUCCUCCUUACUCAGUCACUCUCUCCUCUCCCGGUCUGGGACGUGUAGGACAGCUGUGUCUGUAGCUUUCUAUCAGACGACACUCCAUACACAGACAUGAUGCAUCGCAUCUUCCUCAUCUGCUUGAGUUCUCUGCUCCUCCUCCUCUUCCUCUCCUCCUCCGCGCGUUCGGAACCCCGCCGAUGGUCGUCAUCCUCACCACGCAGCAGGACCGCGCGCGCUCCGGUUUCCAAGGUGCGCCUGGCGGGAAACUUCGCCCAGGGACUGAACGAGGGUCGCGUGGAAGUGCUUCACAACAGCACGUGGGGGACGGUGUGUGACGACGAAGUGGAUAUCAAACUAGCCAAAGUCGUCUGCCGCGAGCUGGGCUUUCAGACCGGCAUCACGUGGGCGCACAGUGCCAAAUAUGGAGAGGGUGAUGGUCCUAUCUGGAUGGACAACGUGCGUUGUGACGGCACAGAGAAGACUGUGAAAGACUGUAAACAUAACGGCUGGGGUGUCAAUGAUUGCAAGCACUCUGAGGACCUUGGCGUGGUCUGCAGUCCGGAGCGACGACUGGACCAGGUCACGGGGUCACGUAAUGGUCAGUCAGUGGCCCUGCAUCCGGAUGUCAGCGUCUCGCCCCAGUGGCAAAGCAUCCUGGCCAGCCGCAGUAACUCCCGACAGGCCCAUCAUGGGAACGGACACCCUCCAGAGAGGCCCAGCCAGAGACAGCACCACUACAACCCGUAUUCCAGCAAGGUGCGUAUCCAGGAGGUGCGUCUGCGGCCCAUCCUGAUGCACACUAAGAAGCGGGCCCUGAUCACUGAGGGCGUGGUGGAAGUGAAGCAUGCUGGGAGAUGGAGGCAGGUGUGUGACCUGGGCUGGAACCUCAACAGCAGCAGAGUGGUGUGUGGAAUGCUGGGGUUCCCUGAGGCAGAACUACACAACGAAAGAACAUACAAGAAAAUCUGGGACACCAAGCUUGCUGAUCCAUCCACAAAGCUGAGCCUCAUGGCUAGUAAGAAAAGUUACUGGGUAGAGAAGGUUCACUGCCUGGGGUCAGAGACCAGCCUAUCAGAGUGUCACACUAAGCUGUCCAUCCCACUUAGCCCCUCCCCCUGUAAGAGUGGGAGACACGCUGUGGCGAGGUGUGUACUGGGACCACAGUUUACUCCGGUCAUUGAGAUGGCCCCAGGCUUAUUAUUCCUGUGGAGGUAUUUGAAGGAGGGGAUAGUUUUUUCACCAUUAGACCACCUGUGGGACCUCAACUCAGCCAGCGUGGUGUGCAGGGAGCUGGGCUUCGGAACUGCCAAGGAGGCCCUCACUGGAGCUCACAUGGGACAAGGUACUGGUCCUAUCCAUAUUAACAGUGUCCAGUGUUUGGGGACAGAGAAGUCUAUCCUAGAAUGUAACUUCCAGGAUGCCCCUCUAUGGACGUUCAAACACACCCAGGACGCCUCAGUACGCUGCAACGUCCCCAAGCUUGGCCUGGACAGCAUGGUGAGGUUGGCGGGAGGCAGGGAGCCAGGUGAGGGCCGUGUGGAGGUACUGAUGGAUGUAGGGGGUCGUAAGAGAUGGGGGUCAGUCUGCAGUGAGAACUGGGGGAUCAACGAAGCCAUGGUGGUCUGUCGACAGCUGGGUCUGGGAUUCGCAUCCCGAGCACACCAGGAGACAUGGUAUUGGGCUGGGGAUCCUAACGCAGCAGAGUUGGUGUUGAGUGGAACCCACUGUGUCGGAAAUGAGCUGUCAAUCCAACAGUGUCGCCGUAACAACCACAUCCACUGUCCCCGGGGUGGCGGAGCUAAGGCUGCAGGGGUCACCUGUUCAGAGACUGCCCCUGACCUGGUACUAGAUGCCCAACUGGUUCAGGAGACAGCCUACCUGGAGGACCGACCCCUACACCUGCUGACCUGUGCCAACGAGGAGAACUGUCUGUCGUCUUCCGCUGCCAGGAUGAACUGGCCCUAUGGACACCGCCGCCUGCUACGAUUCUCCUCCAGGAUCAUGAACAUGGGACGGGCUGACUUCAGACCUAGAGCUUCCAGGGAGUCUUGGACCUGGCAUGCGUGUCACAGGCACUACCACAGCAUUGAGGUGUUCACCCACUAUGACCUGCUGACUCUGAAUGGGACCAGGAUAGCAGAGGGACACAAGGCCAGCUUCUGUCUGGAGGAUACAUACUGCCCUGAAGGUCUGCAUAAGCGUUUCUCCUGCUACAACAUGGGCGAUCAGGGCAUCUCAGUGGGCUGCUGGGAUACGUACCGCCACGACAUCGACUGUCAGUGGAUCGACAUCACCGAUGUUAAGCCUGGAGACUACAUAUUCCAGGUGGAAGUCAACCCCUCAUUAGACAUGGCUGAGUCAGACUUCCAGAACAACGUAAUGAGAUGUCGAUGCAAAUACGACGGACACAGAGCGUACAUGUAUGGAUGUCACGCAGGUGAUGCGUACAGUGCAGAGAUUGAGGACCUGUUUGAUCACCAAAGGCAGAUCUCCAAUAACUUUGUCUAGGCCCAUCCAGGGCCCAGCGUUGGCCCAGGCUGGUGCCCAGCAAAGAGGGCUCAGAGCCGGGGCCAAAACUGCUCAGGGUGCCCUGGGGUCUGGACGUCUGGUGGGUCAUGGGACUCCUGCCCCACAACACUAGGGGACUCACAAAAUGGCACCUGUCCACUGCCCUUACCUGCUGUGGACUACACUACCCAGAAUAAACCACAACUUGGAGACCAUCACCCUGACUAUCGCUUUCGACCCCAACAGCCAAUAGAAACUGAGAGCAGGACAGAUGUCACCAGGGAAACCAAAUGAUUUCAGUUAACAAUGGAGGGUUACAAUGAUAUGGAUUCAAUCAACGUUUAGGUAUUUUGUUAGUUUAUGAAUGUGGACUACUAGUAACUUAGCUACUCAACAUUUCUAUGAAUUAAUUAAUUUCAAUUAAAGUUGAAAUUAUAAUUGUACAUCUAACAUACCAACCUGAUCAAAGAGCAUUUCGUAUGAUUAUGUAUGUAAAUCCCUGAUACUCCUUUUAGUAUGAUAUGUUACAUUUCGUAUGGUAUGUAUCAAUUUGAGGAUGUCCAUCACCCAUUUCAUAUUAUAUAAACAGGUGACGAAUUUACAAAACACAUGAUAUUUAAGGAAUUCUAGUAAAGUGGCAAGCUGGCUAAUGUUAGCUAGCUGGCUAACGUUAGCUAGGCUAGGGCUUAGGGUUAGGGGUAUGUUUAGGAGUUAGGUUAAAGGUUUAAGGUUAGGGUUAGGGGAAGGGUUAGCUAAAAGGCUUAAGGUUAGGGGAAGGGUUAGCUAAAAGGUUUAAGGUUAGGGUUAGGGGAAGGGUUAUCUAACAUGCUAAGUAGUAGCAAAGUAGCUAUAAGGUAGUAAGUAGUUAAAAAGUUGCUAAUUAGCUAAAAUAGUCAAGUUGACCGUGAUGAGAUUCAAACUCGCAAACUUUGGGUUGCUAGACGUUUGCGUUAAUUGCCUACUGAUCCACCCUGACCAACCACCCAUACGCCCAUACGCCCAUACGCCCAUACGCCCACCCCAACCAACCAUCCUACUUUCCUUUUUGCCUUAAGUAACCAUCUGUCUUAUGUAACCAUACCAAACGUAACAUAUCAUACUAAUUUGAAUGUCCCGGAUUUAGGUUUACUAUGUUACGUCUAGUCUAUGAAAACAGGCUGAAGAUAUGGAUGAUCCCGUAUGCCAAUGUCCCAGGAAAGGGGAAUGACUGAAAAGAGUUCUGCGUUAUCUGUUUGACUGAUGGUCUGUCUAGACAGUGUCUCCUACAAUAUCGGUGCUGUUUGAUCAAAUCUCAACCUUCCAGUAGACUUUAGCGGUCUGCAGUUUUUGGUCCAUAAACAGGGAUUAAAUAAAACCAAGAGUGUCCUUGAGUGGACCUCAAGGCCCGAGUUUGAAUACGUAGUUGGGUAUGAACGUUUAUCUUAGUUUUUACUAUUGAAUUAGUUGUUUAACUUUGUGCAGGUAUUGCCAAACUCUGAAAAUAAUUAUAAUAUACUGUAGCUACAGUAGAUCUGAUACAUCAAAACAAAUAUAGUUUAUUUAGUUAACAUUUCUCUCUUCUUCGGUUAUAAAAUUACUAUAACAUGAGGUCAAAUCAUUUUCAUGGGAUGAUGCACUUUAUCUAUUGAACUAAUAUCAGUAUUUAGAAUUUUGACCAAGUCCCCCGUCCAUAGUUUAAUAUGAUCAGUCAUAAAGUGCACGGUUACCAUAUUAGGACAGCCUAGUCCUUCUGUGACUGAGGCUGUCCUAAUAUGUACUCCGUAAUGUUUGCUUUUGUGACGUUAUCUCUUUAUACCGGCCAUGAAAAUGUUACUUUUGAUGCAGUUCACUGUCUGAUUUGCUGUAGUAACUGAAUUGCAAUGCCUUUGGUGCUCAUUUUGUCAUAACAUGUAAUGUAUCGUAUAUACUGCAGUUAAUUUAUUCAAGGCUACCAUUUGCAAUACUUUUUAUAUUGAUUAAACAUAUAAAACAAG